CUGUCAUGCCAUUAAUCAUUUGCUGUCACAUUCAAUCUUGUUGGUGCGACUUCCUUCCAACUUAUCUCCUCUGCUAGCCUCGAGACUGAAUAUGAGCCUGUAGUAGCAGCUGAGGGUCUCGUACAUGUUGUUUGGAAUCUGACUUCAGCGCAGCGUCACUUUGGAGCCUAAAAAUAACCAUGAACAACAGGCAGUCCACCCCAGUGACUUGGCAAACGCUUUUUCACCAUGCUGCUCACUGUGUGUUGAUCUAAGCAGCCGCUACAAUCAACUCCUUUUUUUUUCUGAUUACUGGGAGGAUGAGCCAUUAUUUCCAUUUUCUGCUUCUGUGGUAAGUGCUGACCUCAGCUGAGUUGUUGACCGUGCUGAAAGAAGUUUUGACCUGCAACUUGAACUGAAGACGAUCAUGGUGCGCAAUGUCGACGACCUGGACUUCUGCCUGUCCUCCCAUCCCCAGAGCAUCCUGGAGGGCUUGCGCUCGCUUUGCUCUCAACCCAAACUCGUCGACGUGACGCUGAGCGCGGGCGGGCGGGAUUUCCCCUGCCACCGCGGCGUGCUCGCCCUCUGCAGCAUGUACUUCCGCUGCAUGUUCUCGGGGGACUUUGUGGAGAGCAUAGCUGCACGCGUGGAGCUUCAAGAUGUCGACCCCGAUAUACUCAGCUGCUUGCUCGACUUCGCCUACACGGGGAAGCUAACCAUCAACCAGAGCAAUGUGGAGGGGUUGAUCUGCACCUCCAGCCAGCUGCAGUUCCAGACAGUGCGAACCGUGUGCAGCCGAUACCUCCAGCAUCAGAUCGAUGCAACCAACUGCCUGGGCAUCCUGGAGUUUGGGGAGAUCCAUGGCUGCCCUGAGGUGGUGGCCAAAGCGUGGGCCUUCCUUCUGGAGAACUUUGAGGCUGUCGAACAAGGUGAGGAGUUUCUGUUUUUGGGAAAAGACAGGCUGGUUGCCUGUCUGUCGGAUGAAGGACUGCAAAUCCGAUCAGAGUGCACUCGUGUGGAGGCUAUCCUGAAAUGGGUUAGGCACCACACAGAGUCUCGGCUCUGCCACCUUCCUGAACUCCUCCCCUUGUCCCGUCUUUUUCUACUCAGCCCGGACUACCUAGCUGACACCCUACUCAAAGACAGCCUAGUUCAGGCCUCUCCCAGCUGCAAAGAAGCUGUGGAAAAAAUUCACAGAGAGAAAAUGGAUUUGGCACCGGAAUAUCUGGACAGGUUCAGCAGUCAGAGUCCGCAACAAAACCUGCAAGAGGUGCUGUUUGUGAUGGGAGGUCGUUCACUGGAUGACUCAGACGAUGAAGACGACUCAGACGAGGAUGAGGACAGAGACCCAAGGCUGCAAAGACUGCUACCCAGGAACUGUGCCUUCUACAACACAAAGACUAAACAGUGGCACGAGCUCCCUAAUUUCCCCAAUCCCAACAAGUGGGGUUACUCCUUGGUGUCUUUGAACAACGAUGUGUAUGUCACAGGGGGCUCGCGAGGUUCGAAUACCAACACCUGGUCGACCACAGAGACCUGGAAGUAUAUCACAAGAGAGGGGAGAUGGGUUACUGUGGCACCCAUGCACCGGCCUCGGACUAACCACACAUCAGCAACACUCAACGGGGAGAUUUACGUCAUUGGAGGCACAACGUUGGACCGGGUGGAGGUCGAGCAUUAUGACCCGUACAAUGACACCUGGGCCUUGACGUGCCCCGCCUUAAAAUAUGUGACCAACUUCACUGCCACAGCUUGUCAUGGGAAGCUCUACGUGGUUGGCUCUUGUGCCGUCAAGUACAAUGCACUAACCAUGCAGUGCUACAACCCUGUUAUAGAUAACUGGAUCAGCAUAUGUUCACCCUUCAUCCCCAAGUAUUUGUCUUCUCCUCGUUCUGUCUGUGUGGAUGGGAUCAUAUAUCUGGUUGCUGACAACACUAAGAAAGUCUACUCAUAUGAUCCAGAGGCAAACAUGUGGCAGAAGGUCCAGCUUCUUCACAUGCUCCAUGAGAACGGUGGCCUCGUAAGUCUGGAUGGGAGGCUGUUCGUCACUGGAGGCCAUUGGAAAGGCAUGGAGGGGGAUUACGGGGUGGAAGUGGAGGUUUACAACCGGGCAUCCAACACCUGGGAGGUGGACACCUUCCUUCCAAGACUUUGGUUCUACAGUGGAGUCUGCACCAUCUUUCUAGACCCAUCCCUGUGGCCUGAAGUCUUCCCCAUGGAGUCCACAUAAUAGCUCCCUGUCUAAACUCAUGGUGGGAGAGUUCACAGAGACACGUUGUUCUCGUAUCUGUGUUACGCUGCAAAUGGAAUGUUUAUCCCCGGAUGUCAUUGUGUCCUAGAAUAGUGUGUAACAUGAUCCUCAGGUAUUCUUGGAUUUUUUUUUUUUUUCAGAGCCGUACAGGGCGGCUCAGCAGGUGUUUAUUUAUACUUUGUAUCAUGUGUUUGAGAUCUGAUUUGUGCUAUAGAAUGGCGCCUGCGAAUCAUGAAAUCAGUGUAGAUAUAGUUUUGUGAGGUACUGUUUUCAGUAUUAUUUUUAUUGCUACCAUAACUCGCUGUUGUAUAUGAACUGGAAAUAAAUAAAAUGUGUUCCUGAAAUGGGU